CCGAUCCCUCGUAGAACUACCUUUAAAAAAAAGGAUAGAGGAGGACAAAUCGUCAUCUGCAUGCUUCGCUGGAGCCGUCGCUACUACCCCCGAACGAAACCGAGGGUUCUAGAACCACAGAGAAAAGCUCAGGGGAGCUGAAUCGCUGGCGGAUACAAAGCGAUACAGAGAGGUUUGGCAAUGGCGGACGGCAUCCUGGGAUACCCCUUCAGGCGUCUCUUCUGGAGCCCCACCAUUUAUCGGGAUUGGUCUGGAUCAGCGGCCCUCAUGGACUGGAUUGAGUCUCCUAAUUCCCACAUCUUCAAGGUCAACGUCCCAGCAAGCUACGAGACCUCAUCCGGAUUUGCCAAGGACGACAUAAAGGUGCAAAUCGAAGACGGCAACGUUCUGCACAUAAGAGGAGAGGGUGCUAAGGAAGAGCUGCCAGGGAAGGACGCGGUGCGGCACGUAGAUGAGCGAGCGGUGAACCGGAGCGGAUUUUCUCGGGAAAUCGAGCUGCCGGAGAAUGUGAAGGUGGAUCAGAUCAAGGCCCAGGUCGAGAACGGCGUCCUCACGGUCGUCGUCCCCAAAGAUGCUUCCCCGAAGCCUUCCAGAGUUCGCAAUGUCAACAUCACCAGCAAGCUCUAAGGCUUCACUUGCCUCAGCUGUUGUGCUGCUUAUCCUCCGAUGUGUAGAAUGAAAAUGAAGAUGCUUCGUGUAUGAGACUUGAUCUGUGUUCUGAAGUGCAUGCUGGACGUGGUUGUACUGUGUCGUCUUUGUCUACGGUCGAUGUCCAAUGUUCAAUUUCCAGCCAAAGUUCCUCCAUCGGCAUCCCUUACCUUCAUUUCUUCUCCUCGUUCUUUCAAUAUACAUCGGAUUUGUCGAGCAA